AUGCCUAGAUUACCGUCGUUUCAACAAUUAAACGAGACGCUUCGUAAUCCAAAUGAACAACAAUUACAACAACAACAACAACAACACCAACAUCAUCAACAACAACAACAACCACAACCAUCACCAUCGGGUCAAAGAUCUUUACUGUAUUCAAAUUCAGUUUUUAAUGAAGAAUAUUCUUAUUUACCGAAUUAUCAUGAAAGACAUGAAAGUUUUCCAAGUCAAUAUAUUUAUUCCAAUGUAGAAGCCGCCAAACAAUUAUUUUCUUUCAAUAAUGGUAAGUCAAUAGAUUCAACAAAUGAUAAUAAAUUCAUUCAUGAAUUAAUACAAUUUUUAAUUAAUUUUGAAGGUCAAUAUAAUGAAAUUAAAGAUUUAAGACUAGUUAUUGAAAAAUUAUCUAUUGAUUUAGGGGGUAAAAAAAUUAAUGAUAUUUUAAUAGAUUUAAACAGAAUGACAAAAAUUAUUGAAAGUAUUAAAGUAUUAAAUGAACAAAGGAAAAUGAAUAAAAGAACUACUACAACACCAAAAAAAGUUCGUAAAAAGCAAGGUAAAUCAUAUUCAAUUGGUGGAGGUGAAAUUGUUCCAAUGGAUAUAAGAAUGGCACAAGAACAACAACAACAUCAUCAACAACAGCAACAUCAACAACAACAACAACAUCAUCAACAACAACAACAUCAUCAUCAACAACAACAACAACAACAACAACUACAACAACAAAAUCAUCAAGCCUCAUUUCAAAGUGGUGGCUUAAAUCCAGAAUUAAGUAUUAAACCAGAAAUUACAUGUCAACAUUGUUGUUCAAAUGAAACUCCAGAAUGGAGAAGAGGACCAGAAGGCAGUCGAACAUUAUGUAAUGCAUGUGGUUUAUUUUAUUCCAAAUUAAUUAAGAAGUAUGGAUUACAAGAAGCUGAUAGAAUUAUGUUGGAAAGAAAGCAAACAGGAACAGUUAAUGACAGACGAAUCUUUUAA